AUGAAAAUAGGAUUUGUCAACCAAAAAGAUUGCAUAAAAGUUGAAAUUUUAUGGACUAAACUCAUAAAACCAUCUUUACCUACUCCCCCUCACCUUCAACGUUACAAGCUCUCGUUUUUCGACCAAUUAUCUGAGAAAGAACAUGUCCCAUUUGUUCUUUUCUAUGCUAAUAAUAAUUUCAUCAACAACUCCACCAUCGAUGAACGACUUGAACAAUCCCUUUCAAAGAUAUUAACUCAUGUUUAUCCAGCAGUAGGAAGGUAUGACAAAGAUGAAUGUUCGAUUCUUUGUCUUGAUCAAGGUGUUUCCUACACUAAGGCAAAGGUCAAUUGUAAGCUUGAUAAUUUCCUAGAGAAAACACGCAAGGACCUUGGUCUUGCAGGUUUAUUUUGGCCACAUGAAAAUAAGAAUGUAGAUGAAACUAAUCUGAUGGUUUCACCUAUUGUCAUUGCACAAGUAACUGAGUUUGAAUGUGGUGGCCUAGCAAUAUCAUUGAGUGGUUCACACCCUGCAAUGGAUGGUUUCUCAGAUUUUAAAUUUCUUUUCGAGUGGGCAAAAGUGUGUAGAAUGGGAACUCCUGUCGAGGAGAUUAAUUUUCUAAGCUUCAAUUUGAGUAACAUUUUUCCAACAAGAGAUAUAUCAGGACUUUUCAAGUCAACUUAUGAUCCAGUUAUAGAAAAAAAAAGUAUUGUUAAGAGAUUUGUCAUCCGUAAGGCUGCUAUGUCAAGGCUCAGAAAAAAGUACAUGGAUGAAUCAGAUGGAGGUUUGACUUUUCAUCCGUCAAGGGUUGAAAUAAUUACAGCACUCCUUUGGAGGGCUUUAAUCCGCAUUUCAACAACGAUACAUGGGUAUGUUAGGCCUUCUCUAAUGGACUUUCCAUUGAAUUUGCGCUCUAAAACAUCUUUACCACAAGUGCACAGCUCUAUGGGGAAUUUUAGAAUCGAUGUUCCGAUAAAAUUCAUAUCAGGGGAAACCAAGAUGGAAUUACACAACUUUAUAAUAUUAAUCAGGGAUACAGUGAAUAAAGUUGUUGCUUCAUGUGCCAAAGCUUCACCAGAUGAAAUAGUGUCAACAUUGGUUAAUAUAUAUAAUGAAAGUGUUAGAUCACCAGAAUGGGGAGGGAACGAUGAAGUUGACAAAGUUUUAUGUUCAAGUAUGUGCAUGUUCCCUUUGCAUGAUACUGAUUUUGGUUUGGGAAAACCAGCCUUACUAUUUUUUGGCAUGAAAGAUACACAAAUGUUAUGGUUGCAUGAUACGAAUAUUCAUUCUGAAGUUGGUGUGCAAGUGGACUUGAAGGAAAGCUAUAUGCAGUUAUUUGAGUGUGAUGAAGACAUCAAAGCUCUCACGUUUAUACGCGAUGCAAAUCUUUGA